AUGGGUAGCAAUUAUUUUGGAGAACCAAACCUUGGAAAUGAAAGAGGAGGAAGUGGGUCUUCUUCAUCAAGAAAAGCAGGGAAGAAGAACAAUUCAGACAAGCCAAAGCAACCACAGAGAGGACUUGGAGUUGCUCAAUUGGAGAAAAUCAGAUUACAUGAUCAAAUUGCCUCUGCCUAUCAUCCUUCUCUCCAUGGCCCUUACCCACCUAAUUUCAACAACCUGGAAGAUCCAACAGUGCAAAAUAUAGCAUAUUCAUCGGUACCAUCAUCAUCUUUUUCUUACUCAUCGUCAUCUACAACAUCAUACUCAGCUUCAUAUGGCUUCCAACCCCACAUUAAGAUGGGUCUAUCCGAAUAUGAAAAAACAAACAUCAGCUAUGGAGAUUCUCAGCCCACAAAUACAGCAAGAUGGGAUUAUGCCACAGCCAUCUUGGAGAACCAGAUUUCUGCUCAAUCCAGCAUAAUUGGACCCUUUCUAAACCUACAUGACUCACAAGACAUAGAUACCGAGAAGCAUAGGAGUGGUUCCCCGGACUCAAGCAGUCAGAACUUUGAAUCAAGUGACACUCAAGAGUUAGAUUUGGAGCUCAGAUUAUCUCUUGGAUCUGCCACUAGAAAAUGA